AUGGGGGCCUACAUGUCAAAGCCGAAAACAGAGAAAAUCUCUGAUAAUGGAGCAAAUCAAUGGAUAUCUUAUAGCUCCUGUUCGAUGCAAGGAUGGAGAAUGCAUCAAGAGGAUGCUCACAAUUGUCUACCAAAUUUUGAUCUAUCACAAGGUAUCUCAUUUUUUGCUGUCUAUGAUGGUCAUGGUGGAUCAGAAGUAGCACGAUAUUGUGCAGAAAAUAUGCCUAAAUUUUUAAUGAAUUUACCUUCUUAUAAAAAUCUCAAUCAUCAUAAUCAUCAUAAUACUAAUAAAUUCAAUAUGAAAGAAACUUUAAAACAAUUAUUUCUUGAUUUUGAUGCUACAUUAGUAACACCUGAAGCAAAAGUUAUUCUUAAUAAAAUGUCUGAAUUAGACAAAUUAGACAAUGAUGAUGAGGAUGAUGCAUCGAAUAAAGAAGAAACAUUAUCAUCACAAAUUCAUUAUACUGCUAAUAUCGAGAAUAAUAAUCAUGAUGAUGAUGACGAUGGCGAUGAGGCGAAAGAAGAUGAACAUUAUUCCGAGUUAUUGGCUUUACGUGCUGAAGCAAAUCAACCAUUGGAACAUGUGUUAGAACAAUAUGGUGGUGAAGAUGCUUUACCUUCAAGUAUUAAAACUAUUCUGGAUAGUCGACGUCAACAAAAACUUGGUGAAUGUAGUCAUCCUACAAGAAGAAGUUCAUCGAAAAGUAGUUUAUCAGAAGAUAAGAAUGAUUCAAAAUUGGAUGACAGAAUAACAGAUUCCAAUACUAAUGUUGUCAAUGUUAACGAAACUGUUGAACAAGAAAGUACACCUUCUUCUGAAUUGAAUUCUAAACUAGACAAACCUAUUUGUUCUGAAGUGAAUAAUGAUAACGAUGAUGAUGAAAAGAAAGAGUUAAUCAAUACUGAUGAUGAUGAUAACAAAUCAUCAUUGCAAGAAUUAACCAAUACAAUACAAUCACAUGAUACAAUUGAUCAAAAUGAAAAUCUAUUAGAUGAAAGUGAUGAUGACAGUGCAGAUUUUGAUCCAUUAGUUGAACUUGAAGAUAGUGAUGAUGAUGAUGAAGAGGAGGAGGCGGAGGAAGAGGGUGAUGAUGAGGAGGAGGACGACGAUGACGAAGAAGACGAUGAUGAUGAGGAUGAAGAAGAUGAGGACGACGACGAUGAUGAUGAUGAUGACGAACUAACUGGUUUCUCUAUACCACGUUCUAUAGCUGAUACAGAAGAAUCAGAACCUGGUAUAGACAGUGGAACGACAGCAUGUGUUGCUGUUCUUGUCCCAGUCAAUAAUUGUAUACGUUUAUAUGUUGCAAAUGCUGGUGAUUCACGUGCUGUACUAUGUCGUGGUGGUGCUGCGGUUGAUUUGUCAGUUGAUCAUAAACCAGAAGAUGAAGAUGAAAAAGCACGUAUUAUUGCAGCUGGUGGAAGUGUAACACGUGAUGGUCGAGUGAAUGGUGGUUUAAAUCUUAGUCGAGCACUUGGUGAUCAUAGUUAUAAGCAAACACCAAAUAUUCCAUUAACCGACCAAAUGAUUACACCAUCACCGGAUGUUACUGAAAUUGAUUUGAUUCCGUCAGCUGAUGAAUUUUUAGUUAUUGCAUGCGAUGGUGUAUGGAAUUCAAUGACAAGUCAAGAAGUUGUAGAAUUUAUUCAAGAUCGUUUACAUUGCCCUACUAAAUUAAAUAAUAAUAAUCAUAGUAAUGUAAAGACUUUGAAUAAUCAUUCAAAUUCCGUUGAUGAUGUCAAUGAAACUGGCGAUGAUUGUGUUGAUGUGAAUAAAUCCAAUUCGUCUGAUCAAUUGACAAAAAUUUGUCAUGAAAUUUUCGAUCAUUGUUUAGCUCCGAACACGGAUGGUGAUGGGACUGGCUGUGAUAAUAUGACAUGUGUUAUAGUUCGAUUUAAUGAUUUGCCUGGUUGGGUUGAAUAUUAUGCAGCGAAGAAUAAUAAUUGUAACAGUGUAUCACCAAUUGACAACCACUACUCUAUGGUUAGUGAUAAAAAAACACCAGCGAUCCCAACAACCACCACAACAACCACAACCACACUGUCACCACGAAAACGACCAUUCACUCAUGACAAUGCCGAUGAGAAUAAUUAUGAUUGUGACGGUGAAGCGGCACGAACUACUGUUGUAAAUGAUACCAAUGGUAGUGAUACAAAUCAUGAAUCUCUUACAAAUAAUGAUAGUCGUCAAUUAACGCCGACAUCGACACCGACAACAACUCCGACAUUGAAACGACCCAAACUGGAUGAUCCAUUGGUAGUCGAAGAAGAAAAAGGAGAAGAAGGAGGGGAAGAAGAAGUUCCACCACCACCAGCAGCAGUAGUAACCAAUGGUACUACUAACAGUAGUAGUAGUAGUAGUGCCAAUAAGAUCAACAAUUAA